UGAACAUGAGUUCUCCCAACGUGGCGGUGAAUGCGCUGAUCCUGGUGUUUCGUUCGAGGAUUACCGGCGGCACCGAGCCGCAGGGAUACUUCGACAAUUGGUCCGACUCGCUCAAGCCGCUGCAGUGCGAGGGAGGACCACCCAACGCUCUCACCAACAAAGACCUGUCCGGCAAGAACGACUUCUGGUUCUCCUGGAUGCCUCCCGACGUUCCGGAGAUCGACGUCGCCCUCAAGGGCACGUUUGUGGUCAACAACGAGUACUGGUACGAUAUAGAGAUCGGCAGCGCCUUUCCGGUGGACGAAUUCCCUGUGUCCAUGGAGGGCUGCGGCCAGGCGAAGAGCUGCGUGACGCUUUCGCGCACGCGCACCAAGUGCGAGAAGGCCAGCCGGUGCGACCUGACGGUCACGUACUCCCUGAGCGCCGACAACCGGACGCUGGAGGUGACCAUGGGGGGUGUCGCAUCCAUGGCCGGUCGCUACCUGGCGAUAGCCUUCACCAACGACUCCGAAAGCCUCAAGAGUGCCAGCAUCUUUGCCUGCACCCGGACGGAAAGGCUGGCGGAGGUGCGACACUUCACGCUCGCCGAUGACAAGAGCAUGCCCGUGGAGACGAACCAGGUCUUGGGGAACACGGCAUUCGAGCAAGAUGGCGAGCGCGUCUGGUGCCGAUUUGAGACUCCCGUUCGCGUGGCGGGCUUCGACCUGUCUGUUCCCCUGUACCAGGUGUACUUCUGGGGUCAAGCCAAUCUCACAUCUGGCCAGAUCGAGAUGAGCCCGCCGUACAAGACCUCCAAGGAGCCCAUACAAGUGGGCGUGGCCCAGCACAGCAGGCUCACCAGCGCGUCCUCGCGAGAGAGCGCGCCGGUGUUGGCUGUUCUCGUGUCCGGCCUCAUGGCUGCGAUACUCCUGCGGCCCAUGUCAUAAUGACCCUUCGGCAUACACCGCGAAGUUCGCUCGCGCUGUACACACGAGUUCGUCGCGAUUCCGUCGCGAAUUCGCGACCUCUGCGGAGAUGUUCGCACGUUGGCACCGCGCCGCCGUCGCAUGUGGUACACGCGUGGCACGUUUCGUUAUCUCGAUUUCUUUUUUCUUUUUUUUUUCAAGCACGCUAAUUUAAGGAAUUUUUUGUUCGAGUUAUAGGUUGCCAGAGGUCGACACGUGCUAUGCCAAUUUGAAAUACAAAAGGUGAUUUUGGUGCUACUGUCGCCAUCAAUUUAAAUAGAAGACUCGAGUCAAAUCAAACAUGCAGCGGCAUUUUUUUUUUUUUAGUUUGAAGGUCUGCCCCGGCAGAAAGCGUUUUCUUGGGUGCAGUGUUGAAUGAAUGCAUAGCUUCUGAAAGCGCAUUAAUAAUAAAAAAAACAUGUUACCACGAAAGUAGAACACAGGACAACCACUUUCGCGGUAUCGUUUUUAUUUUGCGCUGUCAGAAGCUGCGGAUCAGUUAGAAACUAGCGCGAUAUCAGUGCUUGCUGAAUGUAUUGAUGGUACCGCUACCGCUAGGCGAGACCAGAAAGCUCCUGACAACACUGCCUCUUCUGCAAAAGAAGUGUCAUUCUCCUUCAGGUGAAAGAAAGCUGUAUAUUAUAUAAGUGUGGUGUUAUGAUACUGUCCAUGUUAAAGGAACAGGGAAAUCAAAACAAGGGAAAGAGAAGUGCGCAUGUUUGUAGAUAAAUCUCUCAUGCUUUGCUGAAGUUCCCGAACGUCCCUUACUUUUCACCCGGUGACCUUUGGCUCCUGCACCAGCAUUAUGGCGUCGCAAAGCUCCGCGGGCAUUACAUAUACAAAUGUUGAAGGCAUUGUUAUCUACUCUUCUGCGCGUCUUGCGCUAUUUUCGAAAAAAAAAAAAACGCUUAUUCUUAAGUUCGAAGUUAGCGACAACCACGACUGCCAUUGAAGACUGAGUUGGAGCGCUCAAAUUAUGUGCAUUUGUUCCAUGAAGCUGCGAUACGAAAAGCCAAUUUUCGCCAUAUUGUUUCUUUCUAAUCUUAGCUGUCAUUACUGCUUAUGCGCAUGCUUUCCCACUUUUAUCACGCAACUGUAGACUCCGUCACUGGGACACGUAACGCCGUGCAAGCGACGAAUAUCCGAAAUGCCUUGCAUUUUCUUAUAACAUGUUUAUAUUUUCUUGCGAUUGGUUCAUUUUUUACUAUAGAUUUUCAUUUUGUAAUAGGUUCGUCUUUUACUAUAGGUUUUCAUUUUGUAACAAGUUCAUGUUUUACUAUAGGCUUCUUUUUCUCAUGAUGGGCGCUUUUGCCUAAACUUACUGUGACUUGUUAAAAUGAUGGCGCUUCUGUCACUGCCUGCUGAUUCACACUCUAGUGCACGAGUGCUUGGACAACUUAGUCACGUGGAGGUCGUUAUAGCUGGUUUCGGUCGUUGACGCAGCAAGUAUUCUUGGCCUGAGAGGGAAAAAAAUGCCCCCACCUCCCCGAAGUGAAUCGUGAGGAAAUGCGAAUGCAUUUCUUGCGCCGAGAGAGGGUACCGUUGCGUUCAGACAUUCGCCUUCACCGACUUCUGCCAUCGCCUUGAGAGGCGCCCAGCCAGCGAACGGUCGAGAGUGAGGCGCGAGCGGACGGGAGAGUGGGGCGCCAGCGUUCUCGGCUCGGCGUUGGCGUUUCACAGCGGCGUCUCGAGCACACAUUUCCGGAUGUUCUUGAGAGGCACCCAGCCCGCGAACGGUCGAGAGUGAGGCGCGAGCGGACCGGAGAGUGGGGCGCAGCGAAGAGAGAGAGCGAACAGCGAGAGAAGGAGCGGCGAAGCACUGCACCUACCCUCUCCUACACUCUCUCGCACCACAUGCUCCGGUUGCUAGGGGCGAGGAUAAGCGCGCGCGCCCGCAGCUGUUGCUAUGGGAGAGGGCGCCGCGGACAACGCCGGAUGCCUUACAUAGCCCGACUAAGAAAUGCAUUCGCAUUUAAAAGAACAACAAUCCCGGUUAUCGUCACUAAUUCUGUUUCAAGCGCCAACGUGCUAGAAGGCGCAGGUUCUUCAACGCACCAUGACAACGUUGUGGUAGAAAGAUGCUAGGAUACGAAUGGCAGUGCUCGUUGUUCUUGUUCUCAAAGCUUGAGCUGGGGCUGUGUAGAGUCAGGAUUCUUAAAGGAAGGACGGAGACGAGCGCGGGGGGAUGGUAUCCACGUUGAGUACUAUAACAAAGACUGGCCGCAGCCGAUACUCAAAGAAAGGGGAGAGCGUGGUGCCACUACGCCCUACUGCAGGCAUCGGCGUGCACAUGGAUUGGGAAGUAGGCAGUUCUUGGAAUGCACAGCAGUGGUCCUCGGCCGACAUUAUCUUCAAAAAUCUGCAUGGCCAUAACCAUGCUCAUUGGGCAAUGACAGGACAGGUCCGACUCAGCAAACAUAUAGAGAAGACUUGACAGCCCCC